AGCCAAAAAGCCACCACCAUGUUCUUUCUUCCUCGCCCCAGGGGCUUACAACUCCUCUUAUUCCAGCACGGGGCACAACAUCUCCGGGUGACACUUGCAGGAGGCAGGUCAAAAGGCAGCCCACUUUUUCUUCCCCUCCCUCCCAUGUACCCUAUCACUCCUCCCAGAGGAUCCAGAUCAUGCGAACAAUUCCAGCAGAUGAUUUGAUUCGCCAUGGUGUCAUGCCAAUCGCCCACUGUCCCUGUGGAGGCCCAAAUGGUGGAGCCUCUCGACGCGUUUUAUUCGUAUCACACCUCCUUUGAUUCGAGCAAGACCGGAUUCCCAUCGGGCUCCUGCUCUAUAAAAAUGCAUCGACCUCUACUCUCCCCUGCCAUUGCAAACGAGCCACCGUAUCCAACACUUUUGUCUUGUAAACUCGGUUGCAAGUCUCCUUUUUCUCUGUGUCGUUUGAUCAUGUCGAGGGAUCCGCUAGUCAUCGGCAAUGUCGUCGGUGACAUCCUGGACCCAUUCGUCAGGUCCGCAAACUUGAAGGUGACUUACAACAACAAGGAGCUGAUCAAUGGGUCCGAGCUCAAACCUUCGACGAUCGCCGACGAGCCCAGGGUCGAGAUCAGAGGACGUGACAUGAGGACGCUUUACACGCUUGUGAUGGUGGACCCUGAUGCACCAAGCCCCAGCACACCAACCAAGAGAGAGUAUCUGCAUUGGUUGGUGACAGACAUCCCAGAAACAACAAAUGCCAGUUAUGGGAACGAGAUAGUCACCUAUGAGAGUCCCCGACCCAUCUCUGGAAUCCAUCGCUUUGUGUUUGUGCUGUUCCGGCAAUCCGUCCGGCAAACAAUCUAUGCACCGGGAUGGAGGCAAAACUUCAGCACAAGAGACUUUGCAGCAGUCUACAACCUCGGGGAUCCUGUUGCUGCCAUGUUCUUCAACAGCCAGAGGGAGAAUGGGUGCGGUGGAAGAAGGUGCUACCAACCUGUCAAUGGAUGGAUGUGAUGAUGGUCUUCUUUGGACUGCAAAGAUUUCUCGGCAGGCAGAUCAGGAAGACCUACAGCGCAGCCAUGCAAAGAUGGAUGAGAUGCGUGCUUUAAAUUAAAAAGCUUUCCUAACUACUUUGUGUUCAUGUCUGUCUGUUCCAUUCUCCUACCUGG